CGGGUUUUCUGUGACGUCCCCGGAAGUGGCCUGCACCAUGACGGUUUUGUGUACAUCACGUUAUGGAGGACGAUUUGAGGAUGUGAAGAAGCAAAGUGUCGGGACUGAAAACACUGACUGAAGAUUCCUGCAGCUGCUUCUCCACAAACAUCUCGGGUUAAGGGUCAGGGGUCACCAUAAGGACCUGAUUAUUUCACCUCUUUUCUUCUCUUCAGUGUCACCAUGACGACGAUCGUCCACGACGCCUCAGAGUCUGUGCUCCUGUGUCGAGAACACAACUUGUACUUAAAACCCAUCGCCAAGAUGACCAUCAGCGUGUCGCUCCCUCAGCUCAAGCUGCCUGGGAAAUCGAUCUCCAACUGGGAGGUGAUGGAGCGCCUGAAGAACAUGGUUCACCCUGAGCAGUUUUCCUCACUGCGGAUCUCCAAAAGCACCAUGGAUUACAUCCGCUUUGAGGGGGAGGCGGAGAACAAGAGCGCCGUCAAGCGAUUUUUAUCCAACUUGGAUGGGAAGUGUAUCAAACUCAGUGGCUUCACCGACGUCCUGAAGGUGCGUGCUGCUGAAACUAAGAUGGACUUUCCAACACGUCACGAUUGGGACUCAUUUUUCAGAGACGCUAAGGACAUGAAUGAGACGGUCCCGGGUGAGAGACCGGACACCGUCCAUCUUGAAGGACUUCCAUGUAAGUGGUUUGCUCUGAAAGACGCUUCGUCAGACAAACCUUCAGAAGAAACACUGAAGUGUGUGUUUGAAAAAUUCGGGAAGAUCCGGAACGUCGACAUUCCCAUGCUCGAUCCGUACAGAGAGGAAAUGACGGGAAAGAACUUCAACACCUUCUCGUUCGGCGGCCAUUUAAACUUCGAAGGUUACGUCCAGUACGAGGAUCACACAGGGUUUGUGAGGGCAAUGAGCUCACUGCGAGGGAUGAAGCUGCUCUAUAAGGGGGAGGACGGGAAGGCCAUGGCCUGCGGGAUUAAGGUGAGCUUCGACACCACCAAACACCUGAGCGACUCCUCACUGAAGAAGCGACACCAGGAGCGCUUGAAGCUUCAGGAGCUGGAAAGGCAGAGAGAGGAGCAGAAAAGAAGAGAGAAGGAAGAGGAGGAGAGGCGCAGGGAUGAAGAACGAAAGCAGCGCGAGCUGGAGGAGGAAGAGAAGGAAAAGCGCAGAGAGGAGAAGCUGCGUAAACGAGAGCAGAAGCUGAAGGAGCGCGAGGAGAAGAAGAACCAGAAAAAAGUGAGGAAGCAGCAGGAGGAAGAGCAAAAGAAACUUCACCAGAAAAUUGCCAUGGAGGAGAGGAAGCUGCUGCUGGUGCAGAGGAACCUCCAGUCCAUCCGGCUCAUCGCUGAGCUGCUGAGCAGAGCCAAGGCUUUAAGGCAGCAGGAGCUGGAGCGAGAGAAGGCUGAACUCGCACGCUUGCAGAAAGAGGCAGAGAUUCAGCGCCAGCAGGAGGCAGAGCUUCGGCUACAACAGGAGGCAGAGCUGAGACGGGUGGAGGGUGAAAAGGCUCGAGCUCUGGAGCUCCAGAGAAAAGAAAGAGAGCUGAGGGACCGAUUGCUGGAGAACCUUCUGAAAAAAAGCACCAAUCAGGGGGUGGGGUCUAAUGGGGAUGUGCAGACGUGGGAGGGGCCCAGUACUGAACUGCCCAAGGGGGAGGAGCCAAACAAAAUCAGCACCUCUGUCACUAGGGUUCACCACGAGAGCAAAUCGCGGAAAGAGGAGGAGCAAGGAACAUCGAGAGAUUGGAAACGCAGCUGUGGGAGGAGCCAAAGUCAGAAUAGGAGUGGCCAGAGGAGGAGCAGUAAUCGACGUCACCAAGAUGGACGAAGUCGAAGCGGGAGCGGUCAGAGACGGAGCAGGAGGACCGCCCGUGGGCGGAGCUUGAGCAGGAGCAGGAGUCGACGGCGGCAUAGCCAGGAUAGGAGGGGCCAAAAAAAGAGUGGGCGUGGCCACAGGUACAGCCAUGGGCGGAGCAGCAGUAGCAGUAGUGGAAGGAGCACAAGUCACUCUUCCAGUCGAGGGCGGAGUCGGCGAGCCAGACGACACUAAAUGCUGAAGUUAUUGAAAAAAAAUGUAGUAGAUAGGGAAAAAAACAUGCUAAUGAUUAGCGCUAAUAUCGUGAAUAUGGUGUUAAUGUGGUGCUGAUUAAACCCUGGAGUCACUUCAGGUGGAAGCUACAGAGUAAAACAUGACGAUUACAGCAGAAGUUAGCAUGAGAAUGUAGAGCGCUAGCUUUCUUCAUGACUUCAACAGGUUUAUGAGCUCCCGGUUUUGUUCUUCAUACAUUAGCUUCUUCCUCCUGACUGAAACGGCCCUUAAAACACAAUCACAACUCACUCCAGUUAAUUAGAGUUAAACGCUUUCCCCAUGUCGUGUACAUUAGCAUGCUAACUGUGUGGUGUUUACACGGUUACUCAGCACCAUGUGGGUGACGUGAUCAGUGUUACAGAGGAACCACCUGAGACACGAAGAGCAAGCGGAGAUUCUCCACAGUUCUGUUGUGUGGAGUUUUAUAGCUCAGGUUCACUUUCUAAUGUCUUUGUCCAGUUCAGAAGGUCUGGACCUGUCAGUAACAUCAGGAUCUUCAUGUAUUCAGAAGGUCUGGACCUGUCAGUAACAUCAGGAUCUUCAUGUAUUCAGAAGGUCUGGACCUGUCAGUAACAUCAGGAUCUUCAUGUUUUCCUUUCACUCGUUUCGUGCUGUUUCUUGCUUUUAGACAAAAGCCAAAGAUAUUUUGUUGGUUCUUUGUAAUUUUUUAUUUUCUAUAAAUAAACCACCACCAUUUUGUGAUCUUGAGGAUAAAAAUGUUUCUGCUGCGUUAAUGUAAGCGUCGAUUGACGGUUUUAGUGCAGAGAAGAUCAGAAGAACUGAAGUGUGUGUAUUUUGUGUUACAGAUGGAAUUCCUCAUGACGGUUUAAUCUGUUUGUUGGUCAGAUUUCUGUUUGAACAAAAAAUAAUAAAUCUUCUCUGAAGUCAUUA